AUGAAAUUGUUUGUGAUACUGUCGCUGGCGGCGCUCGCAAGCGCCCAAAUCCCGGCCACGAGGGUGGUGAAGAACAUUUACAAGGAAUGCCUGAGCCAGUACUCCGUGGAGUGUGUGAAACCGAGGGCCCUGGAGUGGAUUUCGCGAGUGGCUAACGACGAUGAGAUCAAGAUCACGGACAGUCUCUCCAUCGUUAAGGUGGGCGAGAUUGAAGAGGAUGCUGACAGCGACCCAAGGAUGGCCAGGGACCCUAUCUACUCGAUGUUCGAUAAAGUGGACAGCUUUCUGCAAACCCACUCUGUCAGGGUGAAAGUGCCCGAUGAGAUCGUCAACAGUGCCGCCUCCGAGUAUGUCCCGAGAUCGCUCUUCACGGACCUGCCCUCUGAAUUGAGCAUGCCCUUGGACGGCGAGGAGGAGGUGGAGACCUUCGAAGGCAGGAAGAAGAAGAUCAAGCUUCCCAAGCCUUUGAGGAUCAAGAGCAAACACGGUUUCAUCAAGAAGGUGAUCCUGCCUUUCCUCCUCGGUCUGAAAUUCAAGACCGCAGUCCUCGUACCCUUGGCCCUCGCUAUGAUCGCUCUCAAGACAUGGAAGGCACUCACACUUGGUCUCAUCUCACUAGUCCUUUCCGGUGCUAUGGUCAUCUUCAAAUUCACUAAGCCCAAGGUUGUGAACUACGAAGUCAUCCACUACCCGCAGCACCACGUUGAACACCAUGUCGACCACCACGCCCCUGGCUGGGACUCGCACGGUCCUUACCAGGCACGAUCCUACGAAGACGCCCACGAAAUCGCUUACUCCGGACAAAUU